AUGAAGUACGCCAUCAUCUUCGCUGCCACCGCCGCAGCCCACCAGGCCUAUGGCGGAUACGGUGCCGAUGCUCACUCCAGCGCCCAGCCAAGCACCACCGCAACCCCCAUCGGCUACACCACCGUUAAUCCCGGCUACGGCAAGCAGCCAGUCACCGUGACCACCCAAAACCAGGCCUACCCGACCUGCGUGUCUGCUGCUUACGGCGACAAGAACUGUGCCAAGUGGGGAGAGGACACCUACGUCUCCACUGUCAUCAAGGACUACGACAACAACUACGCUACCGUCACCAACACUGAGCAGCCAGUCGUUGUCUACCACACCAAGACGACCAUCACUCACUCUGCUACUGGAACUGGUAGCUAUGCUGCUCCCACUGGCGCCGCUUCCAAGAACGGCACUGCUGGCUGCUGGUACGAGCUUUAUGAGAAGAUUGAGGAGGUUCCAUACAAGAACCUUGGCCCCAAGGCUCUUCCCGGAUACGGUGGCUCUGGUCUCUACACCAAGGGUGACAAGGAGCAGCCCGUUCACGUCAAGGAGUACAAGGGUGGAAAGUGGACCGAGUACAACCACGUCUACUCCUAUGGGGAGCCCAAGCCAGAGGUCAAGGUUUACGAGAAGCCUGGCAUCUACGUCGUCCCCAGCAAGGACAUGGUAGUUGACCACCCCGUCGACCACCCCGCUGAGGCUACCACUACCGCCAAGGCUGGUGAGACCUGCACCUACGGUGGUCAGUCCGUCACUGCCACCCAGACUGGUUACAUCACCGCUCCCUAUGCUGGCUACAAGACCAAGGUUGAGGGUGGCAAGACUAUGACCGAGACCGUCAUCGAGUACACCACCAUCUACGCCUCGACCACCGGUACCUACGAGGUCACCAAGCCCACCACCACCGUCUACGACCACGACACCGAGGUCACCUACCCCACUGCCCAGCACUACGAUGCCGGUGUCUACCACCAGCCAGCCCAGACUGUCACCAUUACCUCUGCUGGCCAGGCGUACACCUGCGAGUAUGAGAAGACCAAGGCUACUCCCUCCCCCGUCGUCCCUGGACACGGCAAGACCUACGGUGGAAACAACUACGGCUCUUCCCCAGCCCACAACAGCUCUUCUGUUGCUUACGGCUCUUACCCAGCUGCUUCAACUCCUGCUGCCUACGGCUCCCACCCAGCUGCUUCUUCCCCAGCCGCUUACGCUGCUUCCUCCCCGGCCGCUUACGGCUCGUACCCUGCCGCUUCUUCCCCAGCUGCCGUUCACUCCAAGCCAGCCCAAUACGGCGGAAACAACUACGGUGGAAACAACUAUGGCGCUCACUCCGCCUCUACCCUGAGCACCGUCCCCGUCCAGGCCUACUCCACCCCCGCUGCCCACUACCCCGUUGGCAGCACCUCCUCUGCUCCCGCUGAGCACUACGGAUCCAGCGCCAGCUCCACUCCUUGCGAGAGCUCCACCGCCCCUGCUGCCUACAACACCCAGCCUGCUGGCCACCCAGCCUCCUCCUCCCCAGCUGCUUACGGCUCGUACCCUGCUGCCUCUUCCCCGGCCGCUUACCAGCCUGCUCCCGCUGUCUCUUCUCCCGCCGCCGCCUACGGUUCCUACCCGGCCGCCUCCUCCCCAGCUGCCUACCAACCCGCCCCAGCUGUCUCCUCCCCUGCCGCCUACGGCUCGUACCCCGCUGCUUCAAGCCCAGCUGUCCACGGCUCCUACCCAGCCGCUUCCUCCCCAGCUGCUUACCAGCCCGCCCCAGCUGUCUCCACCCCGGUAGCUUACCAGCCCGCUGCCACCCCCACCCCCGCCGCCCACGACAAGACUCCCUCCAACAACCAGUACUCGUCUGGCUCCAACGCCUACGGCAGCAACGAGAAGCCAUCUGACAGCUACUCCAACUACGCUUCUUACUAA